AUGUCGGUCGUGGAGGAGCGCAAGAAGCCUUCAGAGCGUCCACUCACGGAGAGUCCUGCUCUCUGCAGGGGUAUGGAGAGGAAGAACUCGAGGUGCUGCGAGGGCCCAAAGAAGCUGGGCCUGUCCUUCUCCAUCGAGGAGAUCUUGAAGAGGCCUGCGGAGAGGAGGGACAGGGUCAGGCCGGACAGGGCAGGUGGACAGGGCACCGGGCAAGCAGCACCUGCAAGCUCCAGGCCAGAGAGGCCUCCACAGGACCAGCCCCACGAGGAGAGGAAGAGCAAGCGGAGGAUCCGAACCACCUUCACCACAGAGCAGCUGCACGAGCUGGAGAAGAUCUUCCACUUCACCCACUACCCAGACAUCCACAUCCGCAACCAGCUGGCAGCCAGGAUCAACCUCCCAGAAGCUCGGGUGCAGAUCUGGUUCCAGAAUCAGCGAGCCAGGUGGCGGAAGCAGGAGAAGAUGGGCAGCCUUGGGGCUCCACAGCAGCCGAGUGAGGCCGACUGGGCCCCAGCCACAAAUCUGGACGUGGGUGGCCCCCUGCUGCUGCCCCCUGCGCUGUCCAGGUUGGCUCCUCCCAUGGGGUGUUAUCCACCAAUUCGUAGUCAGCUGGCCUGUGCCUGGUUCCCUGCCCGGAUCACCCUCCUCCCACGCCACCCAUGGGAGACACGGUCUCUCCCGGGCCCUCUCAUCCAGCACGCCCGUGUUCCUGAGCUCUGCUUCCUUCCACCCCCACACCCCCAGUGGGGCAGCAUCUGUGCCACCUCCACAUAG